AUGGAGAUGGAGGGCUUGUGCUCUGACGUUGCUGUGGUGGAUAGGCUUGUGUGCUCUGCUAUGGAGGCUUUGGUGGCUAAGAGUGUCAUUCUAGCUGCCAAGUCACUUGCUUGCCUUUGUUUCAUGAUGGGAUCUUUGCCAAGUGACAUUGAUGUGCUCCUCAAGGAACCUAAUGCUAUUGAAAGGGUUUCAAUACCUGAUCGUAACAUGGAAAAACAGCCUGAUCCAGAGAUUAAAGAUGCCAGUGAAGCUGAAGUUGAUGACGAGGGCGAUGAUGGUGAGGAUGAACAGAAUGAGGAUCUUGAUGGCAAGGAGGAUAAAUUAUCAGGUGAAGAGGGAAAUAAUGAUGAUGGUGGAGGGGAUCCUGAAGAUAAGCCCGAGGCCACUGGCGAGGGUGUAAGUGAGGAGGAGGACGACGACGACGAUGAUGAUGAUGAUGAUGAUGACGAUGAUGAUACUGAUGACGACGACGAUGAUGACGACGAGGACAACAAUGAGGAAGAAGAGGAGGAAGAGAUUCCCCAGCCCCCUGCUAAGAAGAGGAAAUGA